AUGUAUACUCUGCGAGAGAGUCUCGAGGCUGAUAGCCACCAAACACCACAUUCACACAAGAUGGCAGACCGAUGCCAAAGCCUGCGCAUGAAGCGGACCGAGACCGCACAGAGCGCUGGAAUCAACUAUGUUAUCGAUGUGGCCAACAGCAACGAUCGCUUCAAGCUGCUCGAAGAUGAUGCAGUCCUUCCCGCGGACCUAACUAACCCGGUUCAUCCUAUCUUCCGUCAGCUGGAAGGUGAAAAACAGCUACAUCUAGCGCUACAGCUUGCAUCGCAAUUUCUCCUUCACGACCGACUCCUCGAAUUUUUUGUGCCAUUGCUGUUUGGACGUGAGUCGUUUGACCUACAGCACGAAAAGGCCUACCUUAAUAACCCCCUGGUAAGGGCGUCCAAAGCAAAGCAGGCACAGCUUCUCUCAGCUGUGCGCGAGGCCCUGCAGUGUCUAGCCCGACGUAUAGAGGUCUGCUUUGUGGAUCAUAAAAAGCAGCGCUUGUAUGCUCGUACGAUCGCUAACGGUGUCGAACCGAAGGUUACAUCUAGCUGUUGUCGUGUCUUCCAACAGGAGGUAUCCCCAAAAAUCGAAGUGACUGACAAGUUCCUCCAAUACUACAACAGCGAAGAUGGCUAUAGGAAAGCUUCUUGGUGCGCUCGUUACCGUCACGACUUUCUUGUGGCCACCACGCUUGUACAUGAGGUAGUGCAUGCUGUAGGCGUGAUGCGUCGAGGUAACCUCACUGAGCCGCACUAUCAACAUGACUUUCCGGAGACUGAGUGGGGUUAUGCCUGGGAAAAUUUCAUGUUCGGCAGCAUCAUCAAUCCACAAGAUAAGACACACCUCGGCACACAUUUGUUGAUGCGCAAAGUCUGGGCCAACGCCAGACUGGCGGAUGCAAACGGAGGUAAGGAGUACUGCGAUGUUCCUGUCUCUUGGAUCGCACAGUGGUUUCAAAACAAGACAUGGGACAUCGUCGCGAAGAAAGGGCCGACCGCUAUUGCCCUACCAACGACUCACUUCAAAAUUCAAAUUUCCAACGAGCUCGGGGCAUGGGUGGUGAGUUCAGACUGUCCUGAUGUAUGCAAAGACGUUGCGGAUCUGCACAAACGUUGGCAGAGAUGUUGUCGGCAGUUGACAGCUGAAGAGCCUUAUCUAGAUGGCCGGAGAGCGUCGUGUAGAAUAUACCACAACACGGUCACGACAUCGGAACUGCAAGGCUCAAGCAUACCAGUUCCUCAGCGGGUACGCAACCGGACACGGCGGACAGGCCAGCCAGCCCUCCUUCAGAAAUUGUGGUUAUCCGCAGCCAAAGCCAAAGAACCCACUGCGAAGCGACCAUUGGGUAUUGACAAGCCGCUUCACGCAGCAGGAACGCCGCUCGUUGCGGUCUGCCGCGCUGCUUCGCCAUGUAACGCUCGCAAACGAGGGCAAGCACACGACGAUAAUCCAAUGGCUAUAAAACGAUUGUGCAUUCUUGAACAACCAGAACGAAAAUUUAUCUGA